GGCGUCGAUCUGACGAUAAAAAACACGUUCGCUCACUUUCUGGUGCGAUUUUUGCAUUUUCCCGUCCCUUACGACCAACCAUAGUCUUCAUAUGGUUCAAAUUACUUAAGAUAAACCUAAGGAAGGCUAAAAUAUCGUCUUAAAGGAUGUCGGAGUCUACCAAGGAGGCGUUUCGCCGCCUUAGACCGAUCUGCGUGAGACUGACGAAAGAGCAGACGGUUGAGAACGUCUUGGAGUUGAGGAGAAGUCUGGAGGAAACUUCGGAGGAGGACCUUCAGCAGCUCCAGGAGUACGCGCUGUUUCCUCUCAGGAUCAUGCUCAAACAGAAACAGCGAGCGCACGAGAGACUGACCCAGGCAGUGUUGGAGUGUAUGACCCACGUGUUCCAACACACCCACGUUCACCACUGGGACAUGUUGGAGGACACUUUUACCCAGCUCUGUGUCCUUCUCAGCUCACCCGCCAAUAACGGACAAGUUGCUGAUAUAAGUGAGGAAGUGAAGCUGGCCGUGGUCACAACACUGAAGAGUCUUCUUUUGGCUGCUGACUCCAGCCUCCUGGUGAGUCUGUACUCGGUCCGACGGCUGCCUGUGAUUGGCCACGCCGUGUCCGUCCUGCUGUCAGCAGCUGAGCAGGAGAGCGCCAGGAAACUCCGGUUGGAGACCCUGGAGUGUCUGAUGGUGCUAGCAGGCUGUCACUCCGAUCCUCCUGACCUUGAAGCAGAACGACCUGACCUUGACCCCAGUCUGCAGAGACAGAUUGCCGACAGCUUUGCCUCCUUCUUACCUGGGAUCACGAUGACCCUCUCUAGGGUCAUCAUGGGAGAUGCCAAACAGGGGCAUGCUGUGACUGUGGCUGCAACAGAAGCAUGGUCCAGAAUUGUUGCCAUGGUGAUGAGUGACAGCUCACUGGGUGACAACGAAUCACAACAAAGUCUGAAGUCACAUGAUACGGAUGUCAGUGAGAGGCUGAGGUCACUUCAGGUCAGGAGAACAGAGGACUGGUGCAGCAGCACCGUGGAGAAACUCAAGGUGCUGGUAGAGAGAAUAGCAGGCGUGGUGACACACCCCAGCUGGAGAGUCAGACUGGCUCUGGUGGAGUUCGCAGAGAGACUUCUCAUGAACUGCACUAAGAGCCUUGAGCGCUGCACCUCGCCCCUCCUGCAGGUGUUAGUGAGCCAGGUGGGGGACGACUACCCACAGGUGGCAGACAGGUGCAGGCAGGUGCUUGGCAGGUACUCCGAGGCUCACCUGGGCUCCAGGCCGCUGGUGGAGAUACUGGAGGAAAAUCUCCACUCUCUAGCCACGUCUCUGCCCAGGCUGAUGAGGACAGCUGAUGAUGGUAAGAAGCUGUCGACCUUGACCCUGACCCAUGGUUACCUGAGACUGCUGGGCCCGAGGAUGACAUCACUGUUGAACUCCGCACCUCACCUGAGGAGACUGUCGCUGGCUCUGGUGCAGGUGUUGGAGCUGGACGUUACCGAUGUGAACAUAGUGGGGGAACGGACUCCCGGGGCAGGUUUUCCAGGCGUUACUGUGAGCAGCACCACGUCAGCUGUACCGUUAGACUGUCCCCCCGCCGGUCAGUACGUCCUGACAAACAGGACAAAACGCUUCCAACACUUCCAGGAUCCUCGUAUUUACCAACUACUGAGCCAGAUCUGCCAACUACUCGGGUACUAUGGUGAUCUUUCUCUGCUUGUGGACCAUUUCCUGGACCUGUGCCAGCAGUCGUCCCUGCACAGAAAACAGGCAGUUCUCAUUCUCAGCCAGAUUCUGCUGGGCUCCACUGGAACUGAGAUCCCAGAGGUACCAGCCAGGCCACCCAGUGAGGAAACAACAGACAUUAUAUGUUCACUACUGGAGGAAUACAUCUCUCCCAAAAAUUGGCAUCUUCCAACUUCCAGCCAAUCAGAAUACAUAGAUUCUUCUAACACUACUCCUGAUUGGUCCAGUGGUGCAACAUUGCCAUUGAAGGACACUUCUGAUUGGUUGAUGCCAAGAUCAUCUCCAAGGGGACAGCAAAUUUCCUAUAAGACCCUGAACAGCAACGUUCUUCUUAUAUGCCUGCAACUUGAAGGAAUUGGUGUUUUCUCGAAGGUGCUUGGGGAAGACUUUAAGGUGUUCCUUAUCCAGAGUCUUUACCCUGUUCUGGAGAAACUUGGAGACGACUCGGCAAUCAUCAGUGAGACAGCCCAUGCCACCCUUGUGUCCGUGUGUGUGAGCUGUGGGUACGGCUCAGUGGCUCGGCUUAUUGCAGAGAACGCAGACUACCUGGUGAACGACAUUUCCCUCAGCCUCAGGCACUUCAGCCUCCACCCCCGGGCACCGCACGUACUCAGGGUCAUGCUGCAGCACAGCGACAAAGAUAUCCUUCCUCUGGUUCAAGACGCCAUAGAAGAGAUCCUGCUAGCGUUGGACCAGCACUACGAAAGCAGAUCCGUCAGCUUCCUGAGAGUUCUCAAGUCUCUGGUAGGAGCCAUCAACCGGUGGUUUCCAGUAAACAAGAGUGAAGAACAAACCCAGAGACCUUCUAAGACCAGUUGGGACGUGGAGGGACCUCAGUCCAUAAGAGACUUCCUGGUCGAGUAUCACCGGACAAAACAGCUCGCACACGGUCUCCUUGGUGAUGAUGACAUCACGGAUGUGGAGCAUGAUGGGAAAGAGCGCACAGAGGAUUCUGGGAAUGAAGAAGCCAUGGAGGAACCUGACAAGAAGCCGGAAGUUCCUGUGCAUGUUAAGAACGUUCUUGAGGUGCUGGACAGGUGCAGGCACCUGAUGUCCUCAGGUGACCCCUGGGUGAGACUGCAGGUGUUGGACCUCACCUGUGAGGGGCUGGUGGCUCUACAGGACAGUCAGGACCAGCUGCUACCUCAGGUGCACCAGCUUUGGAAGCCCUUCGUACACCGAAUGGAGGACUCUGAACCCCUGGUCAUACUCAAAGCCUUUGAGACCCUGUGCAUCAUGGGAAAAGUGUGUGGUGACUUCAUCAGAAAGCGUGUACUCAAGGAGGUGUGGCCCAAGGUCACGACCUUUCUCACAAACCAGGCCAAAAUCAGCCAGAAGGCCGGUCCAGCGUACACCCAUACAGUCGCAUACAGACUCCAGACUGCCAUCUUGGAUGGGCUGGGACCUCUCUGUCUAAAGUUGGAUAUAGGAGAGACUCAAGUGGACCUGAUAGCCAGUGCCUGUCUCCCCUACAUCAGCACCAGGCAGCCUGCAAAACUACAACAGGCUGCCUGUAGUGUGUUUGAUGCACUGGUUCAGCUGGAUUCGGACGUGGUGUGGCUAACUCUGUGUGACGUCUACUGCCCUGCAGUCCCCCAACCACCCCAUCCCUGCUUCACACAAGUCAAGGUCUCUGGAUCCACUUCUGAAAAGUCUGAGUUUGCAGCCAACAUCUCUCUUCUGAUGGACAAGCUAAGAUAA